UCAGAAAAAUUAGAAAAAGUCAGAAAUAUCAUAAAUAUCUCUCUCUAUAUCUGUCCGAAGAAUAAGUGGUGCGGAAUCGUCAGAUCGAAAACUCUCAGUUGCAAUGUUAGCGACCGGUUUAACUAGUUCCGUAGUAGAGAUUGCAACUACUGCAAGAACACAAAACAAAUAAAUAUCGUAAUCGCAUCAGGGAUUUCAUUCAUUCAGUGCAUUUCAGCAAAUUGAAUUAGAAUGAUCAGAGUCAAUGCGUGCCUGUUGGUGUUUGUAUUGCUUGUUUUAUAUAUCCAUCGGAAUAAUGCGUCCACCAAAGUGCUCUACGAAUUCCACAUUAAAGAGGUUUACGGGACCCGAGAUGAAAAGGGAGAGCUCGUGGAUAAUUCCGAGGAACCUGGCGAGAAACCCCAACUGAUCAUCACGGGCACACGCACAUCCUCAACGCUUUUGCAGGGCAAUGAGAAAAACUACGCCUAUGUGGAAACGUCCAUCUAUGUGGCCGACAACAGGGGCUAUCAUGUCAAGUACAACUAUUCCUUGAAUCCCGUGGAAUUGGAUCCACGUCUCAACGGACAAACCCUUAAAUCCACCAUUGGUUAGGCGGCACAUCAAGUAUUAACAUAGUGACUAAGAAGUAGCUGUAGCGAAUACUUACUACAUUAUUUAUUCCCACUCAAUGCAGACGGAAAGUGAAAAGUUCUCAUAGCGCCAUUGCAAAUAAUAAACGCAACUUUGAAAGCAA